AGGAUGCUCUGGCCUUUGCAGCAUUUGCAGAGAGCACAGCUCAGCUGGGCACCUUUGCUCUCCUUGCAGACUCAGACUCUUUGACAUUUCUGAAGGGAUCAGCGAAGCAUCGACGAUGGGUGCUGCUCAAAGCUUCAGGGCGAUGUGUGACAGAGAGAAAAAUACAAACAUUCGUGUCAGUCUUCCAGCAGUUUGCAUCGUGUGGCAAAUAUCCAUGAUCAUCCUGUUUGGAAUUUUUGUUCGGUAUGAUAAAGAAUCAGACGCACAUUGGAUAGAGACAAACCCAAAAAAUAUGAGUAAAAUAGAAAACGACUUCUACUUCAGAUAUCCAAGUUUCCAGGAUGUUCAUGUAAUGAUCUUCGUUGGAUUUGGUUUCCUGAUGACGUUUCUGAAGCGGUACAGCUUUGGUGGAGUGGGUUUCAACUUCCUCAUCGCUGCCUUCGGCCUCCAGUGGGCGUUGCUGAUGCAGGGCUGGUUUCACCACUUGGGAGAUGAUGGGAAGAUAAGCAUUAAUGUUUAUAGUAUGAUCAAUGCAGACUUUUGUGUGGCUGGCUGCUUGAUUGCCUAUGGAGCAUUGCUGGGUAAAGUCAGUCCAGUCCAGCUGAUGGUCCUGACUUUGUUUGGGGUCACAUUAUUUGCUGUUGAGGAAUACAUUAUCUUAAAUCUCAUAUAUGCAAAGGAUGCUGGAGGCUCCAUGGUGAUCCACACAUUUGGAGCCUACUAUGGUCUCGCCAUAUCGUGGAUGCUCUAUCGCCCAAACCUGGACCAGAGCAGCCGCUUGCAGGGCUCAGUCUAUCACUCCGAUGUCUUUGCUAUGAUCGGCACUCUGUUCCUGUGGAUGUUUUGGCCCAGCUUUAACUCAGCAAUUACUGAGCAUGGAGACGGGCAGCACAGAGCUGCCAUCAACACCUACCUGUCGCUGGCUUCAACCGUCCUUACUGCUGUGGCUGUUUCAAGUGUCUAUCAAAAACAUGGAAAGCUGGACAUGGUCCACAUCCAGAACGCCACCCUCGCUGGAGGUGUUGCUGUAGGAACUGCAGCAGAGUUCAUGCUGAUGCCUUAUGGAUCCCUGAUUGUUGGGUUCUGCUGUGGAAUUUUGUCCACACUUGGAUACAUCUACAUCACGCCCUUCUUGGAAAAGUACCUGAAAAUCCAGGACACAUGUGGAAUCCACAACCUCCAUGCCAUGCCUGGUGUCAUUGGGGGUAUUGUUGGAGCCAUCACCGCUGCUGCUGCCUCAGAGUCUGUUUAUGGUACAGAGGGGAUAAAACUGUUUAAGUUUCCUCCCGCGCAGCAAGGCGGUCACCAGGCAGGAGCCCUCUGUGUGGCUCUCUGCUUUGGCAUAGGAGGAGGCAUUCUUGUGGGCGCCAUCCUAAGAUUACCAAUAUGGGGAGAUCCAGCUGAUGACAACUGCUUCGAUGAUGAGUCCUACUGGGAGGUGCCGGAGGAGGAGGAGAGCAUUCCAGCCGUCAUGCAGUACAACAACCACAUGCGGAAUAAAGACGUGGCGGAGUCAAAUUUCACCAUGGAGUCAGAUACCAGGCCUCGAGCGUGAUGAACAUCUGCGUCAGUUGCACACGUCUUACUCUUCUGCUGGACAAAAGUGAAAAACCUGAGGCAGUCACGGCACAACUGUCACUCCCUGCCAUUCUUCAUGCCUUUUGUUCUUUCUUUUUACAGUAAAAGUUGUUUGAUCUUGUUAUUGAUCAUGUAUUUUAAACAUAUACCAGCGGUAAUAAUUGUUUUGUCAACCAUGUUAUGUUAUCAGCAAUUUGAUAUUUUACCUCCACUCCUCCGUUUAAGCUUUUUUAACAUCACUUUGAUAGUUUUAGGACAAUUUAUAUGCAGUGGCUUCUUUUUACUUACACUUAAUAUUUCUGAUGUUAAAUGUAUAUUUGUGUUUUUAUUGUUUUGCAUUUGAUUUGUUCAGAACUAAUAAUUAAUGGACUAUGAUGAAUGCCAGAUGGGGAUCCAAGUCGUGGAUUUAAAAAAAAAUUCUCAGUAGGAAGAAGAAAUUAAGAAGUUACAAGAAUAAAAAACAAUGUCUUUGUCAAAAGCCUGUAUGUUCAUAAUCAUUAUAAUCUUUGCCACAUUGUUUUGAAUCUUGCCAUUUUUGGAUGAAGAAAUAAUUACGAAUAAACAGAAGAAACUACAUAAUA